AUGACCGCCGAGCAGAAGGAGCAGGAGUAUGUCCACAAUGUUUAUCAGCUGAUUGCGCCUCACUUCUCGGCAACGCGCUACAAGCCCUGGCCCGUGGUUGAAGAGUUUCUACAAACCAUGCCUCCGGGAUAUGUCGGUGCAGAUGUGGGGUGCGGCAAUGGCAAAUAUAUUGGCGUCAAUCCGAAACUGUUUAUGGUCGGAUCCGAUAGGAGCUCAAACCUGAUUAGCAUCUGUGGCGAACGUGGUCAUGAGGCCAUGGUCUGCGACGGUCUUGCGCUCCCUUACCGCUCACAAUUCUUUGACUUUGCCAUUUCGAUCGCCGUGAUUCAUCAUUUUAUUUCGCCAGAAAGAAGAGUCGCGGCUAUCGAGGAGAUCUUGAGAGUUGUAAGGAUCGGAGGGAGGGCCUUAAUUUUUGUUUGGGCACUUGAGCAAACAGGAAAGCGGGACUUUGAUAAGGACGUCCAGGAUGUGUUUGUGCCUUGGGCUAUGCCCAAAAAAGCCGAGCCUAAGAGGAACAGCGCCAGAUCAAGGCCUCAGGGAGCCAAGAGAAAGGACCGAGCAAACACUCCUACAACGGCUCCACCUGUUUAUAACCGAUAUUAUCAUCUGUUCCAUAAAGGAGAAUUGGAGGAUUUGGUUGUACAGACGAACAAGGCGACCGUAGUGCAAUCAGGAUACGAUCGCGACAACUGGUGGUGCAUUGUAGAGAGGAGGAGUAACUAA